GUUCUGUGCAAGUGGUGACAUGGAAUGAACAGUAUCAAAAACUGACUACGAGUGAUCAAAAUGGACUUAUCAUUGUGUGGAUGCUGUAUAAAGGUGCUUGGUACGAAGAGAUGAUUAACAAUAGAAAUAAAUCUGUUGUUCGAAGUAUGAGCUGGAAUGCUGAUGGAAAAAAGAUUUGUAUUGUGUAUGAAGAUGGAGCUGUGAUUGUUGGAUCAGUGGAUGGCAAUCGCAUUUGGGGAAAAGAUUUGAAAGGUACCCACCUGUGCCACGUGGCCUGGUCCUCCGAUAGCAAAAUUUUACUCUUUGGAAUGUCAAAUGGAGAGAUUCAUAUUUAUGACAAUCAGGGAAAUUUUAUUGUAAGUUCAUGGUGGUAUAAUAACAGGUUUACUUAA